AUGUCCGAGACGGCCCCGUCCGCUCCCGCGCCUGCCGCCGCCGCCGCUCCCGAGAAGCCCCCGGCCGCCAAGAAGACGAAGAAGCCGGCCAAGGCCGCCGCCGCCAAGAAGAAGCCCGCGGGGCCGUCGGUGUCCGAGCUGAUCGUGCAGACCGUGGCCGCGUCCAAGGAGCGCAGCGGCGUGUCCCUGGCCGCCGUCAAGAAGGCGCUGGCGGCCGCGGGCUACGAUGUGGAGAAGAACAACAGCCGCAUCAAGCUGGGGCUCAAGAGCCUGGUGAGCAAGGGCACCCUGGUGCAGACCAAGGGCACCGGCGCCUCGGGCUCCUUCAAGCUCAACAAGAAGGCGGCCUCCGGCGACGCCAAGCCCAGCUCCGGCAAGGGGGCCGCCAAAGCCAAGGCUGCGGGGACUCCCAAGAAAUCGAAGAAGGCCUCGACGGCGGCUGCUCCUAAAAAGGGAGUCAAGACCCCGAAAAAGGCCAAGAAGCCGGCAGCGGCCAAGAAGCCCGCCAAGAGCCCCAAGAAGCCCAAGGUGGUCAAGGCGAAGAAGGUGGCGAAGAGCCCCGCCAAGGCCGUGAAGCCCAAAGGGGCUAAGGCCAAGGUGACCAAGCCGAAGGCGGCGACCAAGCCCAAGAAGGCGGCGCCCAAGAGGAAGUGA